AUGGUCUCAUCUCCGACGAUGGGUUCUUCUCCAACGAUGGGUUCAUCUCCGAUUGAAGUUCUCACUUGCGAUGGUCUUAAAUCUCAUAUCUANUACGUAGCUUCAAAUAAGGGCAACUCAUUGCAAGAAACAUGCCAACUGGAGAGCAUUGACCACAGAGAACCCAAGGAAGAAAUCAGAGGAGAAUACUUUGUUUCAUGUGUUAAUGGUGAAGUUGAUUAUCAUAUCCAAUCCAACGAUGAAUCUGAUUUGGGAAAAAGGUGA